AACGCCGGCGGGCUGGGGGAGGGGGGUGGGGGGGCGCGAUCCUCAGCCCCGGAGGGUCGUCGAGGCGCCGGGACGCCCCCCCUCCGAGGCCGCGACCGAGCGGGAUGCCUCCGAUCCGGCCGGGCUCACGCCGGAUCUCCUCCACGGAGCAGGGAUCCGUCUGCCCCGAGUCCUCCGGCGGCUCCCGCUUCCGUUUGUGCUUCUUUUUCUUUUUCGGAGGCUCCGGCGCUUCCAGCUCCGGCGCCUCCGGCGCCAGCUCAGCGUCCCUCGGGGCCGGCCAGGAACGAGGGGGGGUCCCAGGGCCGCGUCCCCGCUCCUCAUCCGGCUCUGCCUUGACCGGUGUCAGCACCUCCAGCAGCUCCGGCUCCUUCAUCCCCUCCCUCUUCUUCUUCUUCUUCUUCGUUUUCCGCGGCGGCUCCGGCUCCGGCUCCGGCUCCGGCUCGGCGGCGGGAUCCGAGGGGCCGUCGAAGCUCUCGCGGAGGCCGCUCGCAGCCCCCCAGCGGCACCGCGCAGCCCUCCAGGCUGCCCCACGGACGGACGGACGGACGGACGGAUGGAUGGACGCAGCGGCGCCGGCGGCCCGGAUCGCGCCAUGGCGAGCCAGCGGAUCCAGAGCGCCCAGGACCUGCUGGAUCUCACCUUCCAGUCCCUGGCUAUGAAACACAUGGAUCUGAAGCAAGUGGAGCUGGACACGGCCGUGGCCAAAGUGGACGAGCUCUCGCGGCAGCUCGAGUCGCUCUGGACCGACGGGCCCGAGCCGCCCGCGGCGCAGCCCAAGGAGCCCUACAGCCCCUCGGACACCCUGAGCCGCACCAGCUCGCCUUUUGGCCGGAAAAACCUGCCGGCGGAGAGCCCGGAGCUCUUCGGCUCCUUCCACGGCGACUCGCUGGGCCGCCCCGGCUCGCCCCGGUCCUCCUACUACCUGCCGGCGGAGGAACGGGCGCCCUCGCCCCGGCCCAAGGUGCUGGCGGUGCCCUACGAGGGGCUGGCGCCGGGCGGCGGAGCCACCGGCCGGGCCCCCUCGCCCCGGCUCCAUCGCUCGGCGGGCGCCGAGCGCCCUUACGACUUCCUGGGUUUCGGCGGCUCGCCGGGCCGGGCCGGGUCGCCCCGCUCGGGCGAGGGCUCCCCGGCGCAGAUGUUCUUCCCCGAACGGGCGCCGUCGCCCCGGCCGCCCGCCCCGCCGCCCUACGAGGCGCACAGCCUCUACCCGUCCAUCAGCGGGGCCUUGGCGCCUUUCCGGGCUCAGGAUGACCUGGUGAUCAAACGGCGCCCGCAGAAGAGCUGGAACGAGUCUGACCUGGAUGUGGCCUACGAGAAGAAACCGUCCAGCUCGGGGGGCUACGACCGCGCCGGCGAGGGGCAGCCGGGGCUCCGGCAGCCCCCGGGGCUGCAGCUGGCUCCGUGGAGGGAAUCGAGCCUGGACGGCGCCGGCGGCCAGCGCAAGGACGGUGCCUACGGCGUGCACAGCGCCACGCUGCCCCGCAACUACAAGGUGUCGCCGCUGGCCAGCGAGCGACGGCAGGAGGGCGGCGGGCGACGCGCCGGCCCGCCGGGCCCCCGCGCCUGGCACCCGGCCCUGCAGCCCGCCUCCCGCGUCCCCGUGCCGCCCCCCCCCGGCUCGCAGGGCGCCCGCCCCCCCCGCCACAAGCCCCUGCCCCUCUCCAUGAUCUUCAAGCUGCAAAAUGCCUUUUGGGAGCACGGAGGGGCCGGCGGCACCGGCGGCGGUGGAAGCCCCCGGGGCGGCCCGCCGGCCCCCCUCGCCUUCCCCCGCUCGCCCCAGAAGCAGCCCCAGCUCCAGGCCCCCCCGGCGCCGCCCCCCAGUGAGGGGGAGCCAGCGGCGGGCUGGGGGGCCCCGGCGUCUGCAGGGCCGAGCCGGGCCGGAGCCGCCGAGAGCGUCGGCGAAGCGCCGCGGGCGCUGCCGGAGGUGGAGCCGGAGCCGGAGCUGGAGACGCUGCUGCAGGGCGGCGAGGCGGAGGACGUGGCGCGGCCGCUGAGCCCCACGCGCCUCCAGCCCCUGCUGCCCCCCGAAGCCCAGAAGGUGCCCGAAUUCGAGGAGGUGGCGCGGGUGCUGGCCGAAAUGCCGCGGCCGCUCAAGCGCCGCGGCUCCAUGGAGCAGAGCCCCGGGCCGGCGCUGCCGCCCACCCACAAGAAGCAGUACCAGCAGCUCAUCACCCGCCUCUUCCACCACCGGCCCCGUAAGGACGAGACGCCGGCGCCGGACGCGGCCGAGCUGCCGCCCGGCGCCGACGCGGCUCCCGAAGCCAAAGCGCUCGGAUCCGCUCCACGUCACAGCCCUCCUCCGUCCCUCCUGGCCGUUCCGGAGCCCCCCGGCAGCCCCCUGCCCAGCCCGGAGCGGCGCUCGGCCCUGCGCAGCCCCUCCUCGCCCCGCAAGCGCCCCAAGGGCCGGGUGCGCCUCAACCCGCUGGUGCUGCUGCUGGACGCGGCGCUCACGGGCGAGCUGGACGUGGUGCAGCAGGCCGUGGCCGAGCUCCACGACCCCAGCCAGCCCAACGACGAGGGCAUCACGGCGCUGCACAACGCCAUCUGCGGCGCCAACUACAACGUCGUGGACUUCCUCAUCGCCAGCGGCGCCGACGUCAACUCCCCCGACAGCCACGGCUGGACGCCGCUGCACUGCGCCGCCUCCUGCAACGACACGGCCGUCUGCGUGGCCCUGGUCCGCCACGGCGCCGCCGUCUUCGCCACCACCGCCAGCGACGGCAGCCUGGCCGUGGAGAAGUGCGACCCGUACCGCGAGGGCUACGCCGACUGUUACAACUACCUCUGCGAGGUGGAGCAGAGCAUGGGGGUGCUCAACAGCGGCGUGGUGUACGCGCUGUGGGACUACAGCGCCGAGCUGGGCGACGAGCUGUCGUUCCGCGAGGGCGAGCCCGUCACCGUGCUGCGCCGCGACCCCCCCGAGCAGCUCGACUGGUGGUGGGGGUCCCUCUACGGCCACGAGGGCUACGUGCCCAAGAACUACUUCGGGCUCUUCCCAAGGGUGCGGCCGCAGCGGAAGAAGGUCUGAGGCUCCGGAGCCCCAGGGUGGGGUGGGGGGCCUGGAGCUGCCCCCCCCCCACCAGCUGGGUGCCCCCCACCCUCUCUGCCAUCCCUCCAGGCUGCUCGGACGCCUGGGUCCUUCCCCCCCCCUCCCUUUUUGGGUGCUGUUUGCCUUGUCCCCCCCACCCACCCACCCUUCUCCCCGCUCUGGGCCUCGGGGUCGACGCAGGGUGCCGGCUUCUGCCGGGAGUAAAGAGCUUUCGGCUG